UGUGUUCUCCCAGUCUUCCUCUUGCAGCUCUUCUCCACGACAACAAGUUUCUAAAAUACCCAGCAUUGACCAGCGCUAGCAGCAAUAAUUAUGGCUGCGGCUGGAGUAUUCAGUCUGGCAGCGUGAACUACACUGUCCACGUGACUUUCCUAUUCUGUUGACAUUAGGAUGUAUAGCGAGUGUCGCUACGACUAUGUACAGGUACACGACGGUAGCAACAUGGAAUCAAACAUUCUUGGAAAAAUCUGCGGGAACCAUUCACAGCAGGAAUUCUACAGCUCUGGUCAAUCAUUGUUCAUCAAAUUUCAAACUUUAUACUAUAGAGGAGAUUUUCACUUGUCUUAUGAAGCUGUACUGCCGUCCGAAGUGCGAAAAACAGCCUGCUCUUACUCUAUUCCACUGAGAGGUGGUCCUCGACAAUACUACUUUCGGUACCCGGAAAACAACGAAAACUAUUACAACAACCUUGACUGCGGCUGGCACUUCAAAACUGACAGUAGCAACUACGUGGUCCACGUGAAUUUUACGUUUGUUGACACAGAGUACAUAGCUAAUUGCUCCUACGACUACAUUGACAUAUUUGAUGGGACACCCCUACAAGCCACAGGACUUAGGAGACUUUGUGGUCAGCUGGGGCAGCAGUGGGAGUUCUAUAGCACUGGUCAGUCCAUGUACAUCCGAUUCCACAGUGACCCCGCGGUAACAGGUCAAGGUUUCCGACUGACCUACACGUCUGCUCUCCGAUCAGAAGUCCCUCAGGACUCGUAUGGGGUGUGUGUACAAGUUUACGUUCAAGCAGCGACCUAUAGCAAUCAGAAUCUGAGAUACCCUUACCUCCCCGUCAACUAUGUCAACAAUGCUGACUGUUACUGGCUUCUUCAAACAAGUCUCCUAGACUACGUCGUGGCCGUCACGUUCACGUUUGUCGAUAUAGAAUAUUCUAACGGUUGUCCCUACGACUACGUGCAACUAUUUGACGGGUCCAGCACCUCUGCUGACAGUCUGGGCAAGGUGUGUCGGCUCACAUCAGAGACAUUCUACAGCUCGGGGCCCUCCAUGUACAUCAGGUUUCAUAGCGAUGGCAGCACAACAAAAAGAGGAUUCCAGCUGACCUACCGAGCUGUUUCACGUUUAAAUGUUCCAGCAACUACACCUUUUGUUGAAGAACUGUCGCUGACAGCAUGGAGUUCCACCGAAUACCUGCAGUACCCGACUGCCUCAGCAAGCUACCCCAACAACGCCGACCGUGGCUGGCUAAUCAAAACUUCGGAUUACGAUAUCGGUUAUACUGUGCACGUGACGUUUACCUUUGUUGACACAGAAUAUUCUAGCAAUUGUGCCAACGACUACAUUGAAGUCUUUGAUGGGUCCAGUGUCUCGUCUAGCAGCCUGGGCAAACUGUGCGGGUCGACGACACGUGACUUUUACGGCACGUGGUCCUCCAUGUACAUCAGGUUUCACAGCAAUGGCGCGGUAACCGGAAGGGGCUUUAACCUAACCUACCAGGCUGUGAAGAAAGCUGUGAAUAAAGCUGUGAAUGAAGAUACAUCUCCUAGGAUAGUCAGUGCUGGUAUUAUUGCUGGACCAGUAGUUGGCGGUGUUGUUGGCAUCGUUUGUGUGGUUUAUGCCCUAACGUCGUGCAUACGAUGUCGACGAAAACAGUCGACAAGAAAUGACACCACCAACACCCACAUCAACACCAACAUCCACAUGAACGCUGCGUUCUCCUACCCUGCCAAUGAUCCUGUCACUGCAAUCCCUCCCUCUGUCAAUCUAAAUCUUGUUUCUCUUACUGUAAACCUUCCCCCUGAGACUGCAAGCCCUCCCCCUGAGACUGCAAGACCUCCCCCCGACAUUGCCAGACCUCCCUCUUACACCGCAGAGCCUCCUCCCCCUUACGACGGCAAUGUCCAGGGCGCAAGCUACCCGGAUGCUGUGAACAAGCCACUCCCACAAAAAUCCCAGUACCCGACAACCAAACAAACACCCUCAGCACCACCGGCUUCCCAGAGGAGGAAAUAAUAAAGUGCGCCAUUCGUCCAGGCUACGGAGGAACACGUCUGUGUGAACACAGUAGAACACGUCUGUGUGAACACUGUAGAACAUGUCUGUGUGAACACUGUAGAACACUCAACACUGUAGAACAGUCUGUGGUGCUGACAGGAGGAUGACAGGUUCAGUGAUGUCUGCUAGUUAUUCAACUUUUCCUGUUUUCCUGAAGAGGAGGCGCAGCACCCACCACAAGGCAGCUGAUGCUGGGACAGAGAGAACAUCAACUGAGAGACGACAACAUCUCUUGAGUUGUCUUCACGCCAGUUCUCCACAAUUGUUGUGUAUUGGCCUGUAUGUGAAGAAAUAAUACAUCAGGAAAAAUGAAAACAUUUAAUGUAAAUGCUACACAAUAAAAUCAGUAUCACAAUUG